CUUGACAGGCGACGGCCUCUCUCAAAACGCAACCCCGCCGCGCACCCUCGAGCAGACUCGCUCGGAUUCGAGGCCUCCCUCUCAGCCGGCCUCUUCGCCCCUCCCCCCUUCCUUCCAGGCCGCCUCCGCUGCGGAGCAGCCGCCCGUUCUUGCCUCUUGGAAGCAGCAAGUUAUUUUCAGGAUGGCCAACUAUAUGAGGAACAAGAAAAGUUCAUCUCGUCAGCUCAGAUCAUCACAUUAUCAGAAACCCAGCGGUCAUUGCAUCUUUAAGAAGAGGGCCGCCAGCCAGGAGCUAGCAUUUGCAGCAACAGAGAAAUGUGCAUGGACAGAUGCAACCUGUCCAGUAUGCAUGGAAUUCCCACACAAUGCUGUUCUUCUACUCUGUUCUUCUCAUGACAAUGGCUGUCGUCCGUAUAUCUGUGCCUCCAACUUCCAGCACGCAAAUUGUCUUGAUCAGCUUGUAGAGUCAUGCAGAAAAGAAAGCUCUGAGGACCCGGAUACAAUUGAGGUCACAUGUCCCCUUUGCCGUGGUGAGGUUAAGGGAUAUACAUUGGUUGAGCCUGCUCGUAAGAAGUUGAAUCACAAGAGGAGGAGCUGCAUGCAAGAUGGCUGUUCAUACGUGGGCACAUACAGAGAGCUCUGCAAGCAUAUCAAAAGGAAGCACCCUUCUGCAAACCCGCGAGCUGUGGACCCCGUGCAUGCUUUGAGAUGGAAGCGGCUUCUAUUUCGAAGUUCAUUGCAAGAUAUGAUCUGUUCAACAACCUCACCAUUGCUGCAUGGGUUAUUGUCUGCUAUGCUGCAGUUUGACGAGCUUAUGGCACCUGCUUGGGGUGAAGGUGGUGAUCUUCGUGACGCUACCAAUGAUAGUUCACGGCAAAGUGCUGAUGCAGAGACUACUGAUUCGUGAUCUCUGGACCUGUCUCUGUGCUACAGGGAACCUUACAUGGAUCCCUGACUUGAUCCCCUGCAGAUUCACAGUUUCUGACCUGUCAAAAAUUCAUAUGUUCUCAGGGAAUGUCCAGUCCUCAUCUUGAGAAGAAACCGACUGUUAAGCUUUGAUGGAGCACUGGUGAUAUGCUUGUCGAACGGUGUGCGGUUCUUGUUCAUACUUCAUUUUGGCCUCUACCGUGUCGUGUGAUGCAUUUUUCCUGUGCAUACCUCUCCAUUGUAUGGCAGAACUGUUUCUUCUGAAAUGCAGUGUGUUCCCGUUCAGAAAUGGAAAUGCACAGUUUGAUGGCUGUUGGUUCUCU